AACGUUCUGGCGGAUUAUGUUCAGCUGGGGGGUUGGAAGUCUGAAGUUGUCAAAGUCCGAAAGAUCUCUGUGUCGUUUAGCUGAAGCGCAGAACAGCAAAGGGCCAGGGAAAGAAACGUUUGCAAUCUAGACGAAGGGAUCAUAUCAGAAAUUGGUAGAGUUACGUUAGCUGUGACGUAACAUCUGGAGUUAAGUGAAGAAGAAGAAAAAUGUCGUCUGCAAAAAGGACCAAAACCAACCAAGACUUGCAGAAAGAGCGGGACGGAGCGAGUUUUAACCCCUUCAGCCUGACCUGUCUGCUGCACGGAGGGGAGGACAACGUGGAGAGGAAAAGAGAGCUCGAGAGGUUGGCCUUAGAUGACCCAGAGCUCCAGCAUGAACACCUGAGUUUCCUGUCCAGGGAGGAACGCUACACCUUAGGCAUAAAGAAAACCAUCCGCUUCAUUAACAACUGUUGGGAACUGGACAUCAAUGGCAUUAAAGAUGUUAAUAUCUACAAGACCGCUGUAUUCCGAGGGAUGCUGGAACCUCUAAGUGUUCACUACGGCAUGUUCCUGCCUACCCUACUGAGCCAGGGUACAGAGGUACAGCAGGACAAGUGGUUCUCCCAGGCACUCAACUACGCUAUCAUAGGCACCUAUGCACAGACAGAGAUGGGGCAUGGCACAUUCCUACGUGGUCUUGAGACAACAGCAACUUACGACCCCAAGACAGAGGAGUUUGUGCUACACAGUCCCACACUGAGCUCUGCCAAGUGGUGGCCUGGAGGAUUGGGAAAGUCAUCCAACCAUGCCCUAGUGCUAGCCCAGCUGUAUACCCAGGGACAGUGUUACGGCAUGCACCCCUUCAUAGUCCAACUGAGGAGCACAGAGGACCACACACCCUUACCAGGCGUCACUAUCGGUGACAUUGGGCCGAAGUUUGGUUUUGAUGAAGUGGACAAUGGCUUCCUCAUGAUGGACCAUGUGAGAAUCCCCAGGGAGAACAUGCUCAUGAAACACUCUCAGGUGUUGCCAGAUGGGACGUACGUCAAGCCUGCCAACAGUAAGCUGGCGUACGGGACCAUGAUGCUUGUACGGUCGUACAUCGUGUCGGACGCGGCCCAGUCCUUGUGUCGAGCCUGUACCAUCGCUGUACGCUACAGCUGUGUCAGGAGGCAGUCCGAGAUGAAACCAGGGGAACCAGAGCCCCAGGUUCUAGACUACCAGACCCAGCAGUACAAGCUGUUCCCCCUGCUGUCCGCUGCCUACGCCUUCUACUUUGCCAGCCACUACAUGAUGGACACGUACUUCCAACUGUCGGGGAACAUCAGCCAGGGGGACCUCUCACAGCUGCCUGAGAUCCAUGCGUUAUCAGCAGGACUGAAGGCCUUCACCACGCAGGUGAUGUCAUCAGGGAUUGACACCUGUCGGAUGGCCUGCGGAGGACACGGGUACUCACACGCCAGCGGUCUCCCACUGCUGUUUGCCAACGCCACGGCUGGCUGCACUUACGAAGGGGAAAACACUGUCAUGUUUCUACAGACCGCCAGGUAUCUUGUGAAGUGUUACGGAGCCUCGAAGACAAAUGAGAAGCUGUCCGGAACGGUGGCGUACCUGUCACGGGUCCAGACAGCUGCAGUUGCAGGGAAAGGUGCUAGGAGUCUCCUAGACUUGGAGGAACUUGUUGGGGCAUACCAACACCGAGCUGCUAGGCUUGUGGGCAUGGCAGCCAAUCAGCUGCAAGCACAGGCGAAGGCUGGCAAAUCACCUGAAGACACCUGGAACAGCUGUUCUGUGCAGCUGGUCAAGUGUGCCCAGGCACACUGUCACUUCUUCAUGGUGCGUAACUUUGUGGAUGCGGUGCGGACAGCAGACGUGGACCCUGCUACUCGUGCUGUACUGAACACGCUGUGUCAGCUGUACGCUAUCCACGGCAUCAUAGAAAACUCUGGGGACUUCCUAGAGGACUCCUAUCUGUCAGGACAGGAACUGCAGCAGGUGAACUCUCACCUGGUAUCCCUGCUAGCCAAGGUGCGUCCUGACGCCGUGGCUCUGGUGGACGCGUUUGACUUCCCCGACGAGAUCCUACAGUCUGUGCUGGGCCGCUACGAUGGGAACGUGUACGAAAACCUGUACGAUUGGGCAAAGAAAUCCCCACUGAACAAAUCCCAGGUGCACGAGUCAUACCACAAGUACCUGAAGCCCUUCCUGCAGCAGAACAAGGCUAAACUGUAGGCACUGCAGGAACAACGUCUGCCGUAUUGCAGGGAUUGGAUUUGAACAGAAGAGUGUAGUGAUGGUACGAGAAGAAUGGAUUCAAUGCAGAUCAAAAGAAUUGAGAUACCGUGGUACAUGUACAUCAUCAGUCUUUGCUGAGGACCAUACAAUUAUCUUAACAAAAUUUAAUUCAAAUGAAAAGAAGAAAAGCUACAUCAAGUUAGAAAUUGUAGUGAAACUCCACACGUCGUGUGGAAACUCCACACAUUGUGUGAUAGAAUUUCUGUAAUACUUUAAAAGCAGGGUCUUGCCAACAUCUGGUUUAAUUUGACAUUUGAUGGACUAUUGUUGCUAAUGAGAAACAUUAUGUCCUCUGUCAUCAUAAGUAACUGUAAUGUUGUUUGUCGUACAUAUGUGUACUGGAAAGUGGAAAUACUGUAAAUGCAUUUAAGUUAGCUGGGAUUUAUUUUCGCAGUAGGUGGAAAUGGACUUUUCGUGGUGGUCAUAAGUUCGCAGUAACACCACGCACUGCCAUGGAAAAAUGUUUGCGGUGGUUUUAAGUUUGUGGUGAAGUGGCCACUGCGAAAACCGCGAACAUUAAACAACCGCGAAAGUUUCUGCAUUUACAGUAAUCUACAUUAAGAUGGAAAUCUGAAGCAGGAUCUUGCCAGUUUUCAUGUCAUAUGAAUGAUAUAAGAUGAUGUUGUAACAUACAGAAAAUAAUGUGUGUUACUUUAAUACAAACUUGGAAUGUCUGAUAAGAAUAAUAUUGCUGAUUAGGUCAUCAAAUCAAGCAUUUAAUAUGAUUAACAAUGUUUUGCUGAGACCAAUGAAAUGAAUUUGAGGUUGGGUUAAACCCAGAGCACAAUCGGCUCCCAAUUCUCUAUUGUUACAGGGAUAUGCAGCAGGGAGAAUGAUUCCAUGUGUCCCAUUUUUGGAGGAAAAUCCUUGUUUUUAUCUAUCAGAUUUUAAAAUUAUGAAAAAAUGUAGAAAGAGUACCCAAGUGGAAAAUAUGAUAAAGUUUGAAGCUACAGUACAGUAAAGAUUUUACUAGGUGUGAAAGUUUUCAAAGUAUAAAUUCUAUGAAGCAGAUAAUAUUCCGUAAAUUCUUCAAGACAGGUUAUAGUUUUGGAACAAGUUUACAUGUUUUGUUUUGUCUAACGGGAUGUCAUUCCAUGAUCAAAUGUCUGGCAUAUUGUAGUGACAAAAAGGCUAUGUUGAUUGUUAGUUGCUACAAAAUAGUUAAAUUAGAACUGCUAUGCAUUGAUCAUAGAGGUAAAUAAAAGAAGAUGUAGUACAACACAUUUUGUAUCAAAUUUUCACCAGGAUUUCUUCAGGAUCAAUACUGAUGACCAAUAUGUUAAAUGGAUGAGUCAAUCCAUCCAUGUCAGCAAAGUUAAGAUGAUAACUUCCGUAACUUGUUGAGAUGGAAUUUUCUGUGGUUUUUAAAUAAUGAGAAUAGACAGGUUGACAGAUGUUAUCAAAAAGCUAAUAAUAAGUAACUGACAGAAACUACAUGUACUCAAAUUGUUUUCUGAGAGUAGAAUGGAAAAUAAUCUCAUAUCACAAUAUAUUAUUGAAAAGAUGUUUAUCAAGGAAGAAUUGUUGUUGUAAAUCUGCUGUACAAAAAGGGGCUUCAUACAAAUUAGGCAAAGAACAAUGAGUAUUAAGGAUUUGAGAAGAAUGGAACUACAUCUGAGACAAAAAUAAAUGUAGUUUAACAAUUA